UUAUAUGAAAGAUCCCGAUAUGUGGAUAUCGUACACAAUAUUGGGUUAUUUAUGGUACUUCAUGAGAUUGUACGGCGUUGGAGCGUAGUAGAGUAGUUUUAGUAGUGUGCUAGAAGAGUAUUCGUAGCUAAUCGAUAGGGUCAGUGAAUCGUCAAACAUGUGUGGUAUUUUUGCAUAUCUUAAUUACCUCGAGCCUCGCACUAGACAAGAAAUAUUGGAAUGCUUGAUCAAAGGUUUACAAAGACUUGAGUAUCGUGGCUAUGACUCAGCUGGUGUGGCCAUUGAUGCAGAUGUUGAAGGAAAGCAGAUUGAAAUUAUACGCCGUAGUGGAAAAGUUAAAAUGUUGGAGGAUACAAUAUGGAGUAGGCAAGAUUUAGACUUGGAGCAGUCUUUUAACAGUCAUGUUGGCAUCGCCCAUACUCGCUGGGCAACGCAUGGUGCACCAAGUGAGAAAAACAGCCACCCUCAGCGUUCUGAUUUAACAAAUGAAUUUGUGGUUGUGCACAAUGGUAUCCUCACAAAUUAUAAGGAUAUAAAACAGUUUUUGAUUAAGAAAGACCAUGAAUUUGAGUCUGAUACUGAUACAGAAGUAAUAGGAAAGCUUUUGAAACACAUUCAUGACAACCAUCCUGAACUUACAUUCAGAGAGCUUGUGGAACAAGUGAUCCAGCAGUUGGAAGGAGCGUUUGCUCUGGUGUGUAAGAGCAAGAAAUACCCUGGCCAGUGUGUAGCUACAAGACGGGGAAGUCCUUUACUAGUUGGAAUAAAGAGUAAAACCCACUUGGCUACUGAUUAUAUUCCAGUAAUGUUCAGCAAAGAUACAGACAAGAGGACUAAGUCAGAACACCGACCCCGACAGCCUUCAACCCUUUCUUCCAACAUCAAACGAUCAGAUACAACACAGUUCUGUCCUCUUGGGGAGGAUAAAGAAGUAGAAUAUUUUUUUGCUUCAGAUGCAAGUGCUGUAAUAGAGCAUACAAACAGAGUGAUAUUCCUUGAAGAUGAUGAUGUAGCUGCUGUAAGUGAUGGUAACCUGACAAUUCAUAGGAUGAAACGAACAAUUGAUGACACUACGAGUAGGGAGAUCAUUACACUGAAGAUGGAAAUCCAACAAAUUAUGAAAGGGAACUACAGCUCUUUCAUGCAGAAAGAAAUCUUUGAGCAACCCGAGUCAGUUAUCAACACCAUGCGAGGAAGGGUUAAUUUUGACACAGAAAUAGUUAUCCUUGGAGGAAUCAAAGAUUACAUUCCUGAAAUUAAGAGAUGUCGAAGACUGCUGCUAAUUGGUUGUGGAACUAGCUACCAUAGUGCUAUUGCUACUCGACAAAUACUUGAAGAGUUAACAGAACUUCCUGUCAUGGUGGAACUUGCUAGUGACUUUCUUGAUAGAAAUACACCAAUAUUUCGAGAUGAUGUUUGUUUCUUUAUCUCGCAAUCAGGUGAAACAGCUGAUACACUGAUGGCCUUAAGAUAUUGUAGGAUGCGUGGUGCCCUAAUAGUUGGGAUCACCAAUACUGUUGGUAGUAGUAUCUGUCGGGAGAGUCACUGUGGUGUUCACAUUAAUGCUGGACCAGAGAUUGGAGUUGCCAGUACCAAGGCUUACACCAGCCAGUUCAUCUCAUUGAUAAUGUUUGCCCUUGUUAUGUGUGAUGACAGAAUAUCGAUGCAGCCAAGACGCAGUGAAAUAAUUCAAGGCCUUAGAGCUUUGCCCGAACAAAUCAAGAAAGUCUUGGAGUUGGAUGAACAGGUGUAUGAUCUGGCUCAAAAGAUGUAUCAACAGAAGUCCCUUUUGGUGAUGGGCAGAGGUUACAAUAGUGCUACAUGUCUUGAAGGAGCUUUGAAAAUCAAAGAGUUAACUUACAUGCACUCAGAGGGUAUAAUAUCUGGAGAACUAAAACAUGGACCUUUAGCCCUGGUGGACAAAGCUAUGCCUGUUAUUAUGAUAGUGACUCGUGAUCCUGUCUACCCAAAGUGUAUGAAUGCCCUGCAGCAGGUGACUGCUCGUGAUGGCAGGCCAGUAAUUAUUUGUGAGAAAGAUGACACUGAAACCCAGAAACAUGCCUAUCUCUCACUUGAAGUACCUCACAAUGUUGACUGUCUCCAAGGAAUACUAACUGUUAUACCACUUCAGUUGCUGUCAUACCAUAUUGCUGUUCUUAGGGGUUGCAACGUGGACUGCCCUCGCAACUUAGCCAAGUCAGUCACAGUGGAAUGAAAGAAGAAACAGACUUUUGGUGCCUUAUUCUUCCGAAUUUCACAUCUGUUUAUAAAUGCAAGAUCCAUUUUCUCACAAGGUUUAAUAACUUGUAUGACACAUUCCAUGUAUUCUGCAAGAUGAUAAUGUACAAAUACAUGAGUAUCUGGACUUGUUUGUGUUUUGAAUUCAAAUACAACAAUUUUAAUUCUAUACUUAAAAAAAAAUAUUUCAGCUUAGAUGUGAAUAGUUGAAUGAUAAUUCUGUUUUAAUGAUGGUAUCCAUGACACACUUUGAGAUUUUGAAUAAAUUACACGUGUUUCUUUACAGUUGCUGGUGUAUAAAGUUUCAUCUGAAAAAUAAAUGUUUUUACCACUUCA